AUGCUUAUAUUAUCCAGGCAGGAUCUGGCUUAUCUUCUGAAGAAGAAGCGCUAUAAAGUGAUGUGGAUGGCUGGCGUUCUACUGUGGUCGUUCACUUACAUGUUCAUCACCUUUUACUGUUUUGCUGUCACCGAUGAGUAUGUGAAUUACGCAAGAACAGCGGUGCUGAAGAAAUUCAAUAGGAACAUCGAUGACUUGUCACUCUUUUGUGUAUUUCCCUUGGUGAGUAUUGUUGUUAUCCGAUUUUUUCUAUCACCAUCUUCAUUUGAUUUCAACACAAGCGCUUCUUUCAAGGAGAAGGUCAACAGGCAAACGAUCAUCUAUUGGAAAGCAACCGUUGGCGUGGCUGUUAUGAUGUCGAUGAUGUUGCUAUCACUCAUCUUGAUGUUAUUCUACGGUGUGAAAAUCAUGCGGACGUUACGCAAAAUGGCGAUGAGUACGAAGACAAGAGCACUUCAGACACAACUCAUGAAAGCGCUCGUAUUCCAGGUUAGGCGAAUAUCUUCAAAGAAUCAUUCUUUUAUACCAUAA